ACUUUUCUAUUGACCACAUAAGCCCUGCUCAUGUUUCCUAUUUGACUAAAUGUGCAGUAAACUACACAUCCCGGUGUCCGCCUGUUGACCCAGGCUCUAGGCCGGUGUGAUCUGGUGUGAUUUGGCGCUGAGCUGGAGCCCGACCUCCGUCCCUGACCUCCGCCAGAGCCCCCGGCAGCUCCAGAACGGGCAGGCGCAGGCAGCACGGUGCUUUUGUUAAGACAGACGAAGAGGGAGCCCGCACAGAUUAUAACCAGGAAGAAUGCACAUGGGAGGGGGCGAGAAUUGAACAUAUCUGUCUCUAGCAGGCUUUUCACUAAAUGCUCCAGUCCCUACAUUGAGGAAGAACCAAGCAAUGGGAUUGGGUAGCGACCAGAUAGCGUAACACCCCCUCCUCCUCUGUGUUGAGAAUUGCGUUAAAACCAAAACGAAAAGGAAAGGCCUGCGCUUUAUCAAUAUUACAGGAUUAUUUUUUUAUUUUUUGAUUUUUACCCCCCAUAGAUUAAACAAGGAAGCGUUGCUGGCUGGUGUAUGUGUUUAGAAUGGGACACGCUGAAGGUCCAGUCAAAGAAAAAGACAGUUAAGGAUGCAGGAGCUCAACAAUGGAUUUCUCCUUCUCUUUCAUGCAAGGGAUCAUGGGAAAUACAAUUCAGCAACCCCCUCAGCUCAUUGACUCAGCCAACAUCAGACAGGAAGGCACCUGUGACACCGGCAGCGACCCGGGCGAGGAUGGUGGUCCCUCCUACGAUGCGGCCCUGGAUGCAGAGUUCUCGUACCCGCCGUCGGCCUCGGAGGACAUGCCUCAGGUGCCCAACGGCUAUCCGCCCGGUCUGGGCCUGUACGAGCCUCAGACCAAGUUUUCCAUGUACUCGCAGUUCCCCAACGGUUCCGCCAACGGCUACGGGGCCAUCCGGAGCUACGGGGAGCACGGCCUCAUGCCGGGUGAGGGGACGGUCCUGAGAGGCCCGGGUCUCCAGGAGAGACCUUUAUCCCCUGUGUCACCGCCGCUGCCGCUGCCGCCACCCACCCACCACACAUCCCAUCUUCACCACCACCACCAUCACCCCCAUCACCACCACCACCACCACACGACGCACCACUACCACACUAACCCGCCUCAUGUACAGCAGCAGACCCACCCGCAGAGCCCCCCGCCGCCCCCGCCGAUGCCCUCCCAACACCACCUGCCCCAGACACCCCACAUCAUGAGCCACACUCUGCCUCCGCCGCCUCCUCUGCACCUCCCCUCCUCCAGCCCCCCGCCUUCCCUUGUGGACAGCACCCCAUCUUCACAGCAGCCCUCCCACGCCCCGUCCAACACUCCUGGUGGGGUGCUGAAGAAAACCAGCUCUCCAGAGAUCAAGCUGAAGAUCAUAAAGACGUAUCAGAACGGCAAAGAGCUGUUUGAGUCGGCCCUGUGUGGAGACUUACUGCAAGAACUGCAGAAGGAGUCUCAGAAGAAUGAAGCUGCACAGAUGCAGCGCAGACAUGAGAGGAAGAAGGAGAAGAGGAAAAAGAGUGCCAGGCUGCAGCAGCAGGUCCAGGAAAAGAGCCUGGACCAGGGCCAGGCAGCACCGGCAGGUACCACAGGCCAGACAGAGGACAGCCCCAGCCCCCAGCCCCCACAAAGAGAAACGCCCACCACGCAGACAGAGAAGCCCCAGAAGACUGUCAUCAAAACCGAACCAAAGACGCCAAAGGCAAGAGCACAACAGGUUCCGAAGGUCCAUCACCCUUCAGUGAUCCAAGAGACGGGCUUCUGCAAGGAGUUUGUCAUUGGAGAUCUGGUGUGGUCCAAAGUGGGUACCUAUCCCUGGUGGCCCUGCAUGGUGUCAUCUGACCCACAGAUGAAGGUCCACACACGCAUCAACACCAGAGGUAAAGGAACCGGUCACAGGGAGUAUCAUGUCCAGUUCUUCGGCAGCGUAGCUGAGCGAGCAUGGAUCCAUGAGAAGAGGAUAGUCAUGUACCAAGGGAAGCAGCAGUUUGAUGAGCUUCAGGCCGAGACUCUGCGCAAGACCACCAACCCUGUAGAGAGACACAAACUCCUGAAGCCCAUCCCUCAAAGGGAGCGUUCCCAGUGGGAAGUAGGUGUUGGUCACGCCGAGGACGCCUUCCUGAUGACGCGGCAGGAACGGAUUGACAACUACACCUUCAUCUAUGUUGACCCAGACCCCACCGAAACUCCGCCCAUCAAGAAACCCAAUGUCAGAGCUGAAAAGCGGAGCCGGCGCUCCAGUGGCUCCACCAACAAGAGGGAGGACACGGCAGUGAAGUCACCCGACAGAGAGCAGCCGCCUCGCAGGCAACUGCCUCGCAGACAGUGUAGUAUUUCUAAUACAGACCAUUCCCAAGCCUCCAACGAGGAGGGGAGCCACAGGGUCAACACAAACAAAACGGGCUCCCCUAAACGAAACUCUGGUUCUGAUGGACGGACACAGCAGGAGUCUCCUCCACCGGUUAGAGCCUGGAAAACUGCAGCAGCACGAAAACUCCUGCCUCUGUCCAUCACCAUGAAGAGGCUGAAUGUGGAGAUCACCAAGUGCGACUGGCCUCUCCUGCAGAAGAAAGCAGCUCCGUCCUCCCCCAAAAAGGACAAGGAAGAUGAAAAGGAGGAGAGAGUGGAGAGAGAAGGCCGGCAGCCCGACCUGGGGUACUGUUCACCUGAGCAGGACAGCAGAGCUAAACCUGAAGCCAGUCCUGAGGAGGAGGAGGAAGGGGAGGAAGCCGAGGAGGAGGGGGAGGGGGAGGAAAGGAGAGGUUCCCCUGCCAGUCGGAGGAGUGAGGAGGGAGGACUGCAGCACACCUCCUCUCCUGGAUCACACCACAGCAGUCCACAAGGUUCUCAGGAGAGGAAGCUCCAAAGGCGGUCAGUCAGGAGCAGGUCUGAGUCUGAGAGAGGCAAUGAACCUGUCCCUAAGAAAAAAACCAAAAAGGAACAGGCUGAAAUGGCUCCUGAGACCACACUAAGGACAGGUUCACAGAAAGGAGCCAGUGAGAUCUCAGACGCCUGUAAACCCCUGAAGAAGAGAAGCAGAGCGUCAACAGAUGUGGAGAUGGCUUCAUCUCAGUACAGGGACACGUCUGAUUCUGACUCUAGAGGCCUCAACGACCCACAGGGUUUAUUUGGGAAGAGCCUUGACAGUCCAGCAGCUGCAGAUGCAGAUGCAUCAGAUACUCAGUCUGUGGACUCCGGAUUGUCCCGUCAGGACAGCAGCACAGGGAAAAGAGACACCGUGUGCCAGAUCUGUGAGGUGUAUGGAGAAAGUUUGGUGGUGUGCGAAGGUGAAUGCAACAGACAGUUUCACUUGGAGUGCCUCGGUUUGACAUCCCUACCUGAAGGCAGGUUCACCUGCCUGGAAUGUAGAAAUGGCAAUCACCCUUGUUUUAGCUGUAAAACAACAGGGACGGAGGUGACGCGCUGCUCUGUGUCUGGAUGUGGUUGUUAUUACCAUGAGGAGUGUGUCCGUAAACUGCCCGGUUUCAGCAGCAGUCCUAGCGGAGGCUUCAGUUGCCCUCAGCACAGCUGUGCUACCUGCUGCCUGGAAAGAGACCUGCAGCGAGCCAGUAAAGGUCGUCUGAUGCGCUGUAUCCGCUGUCCACUGGCCUAUCAUACAGGAGACAGCUGUGUGGCAGCAGGCAGCGUAGUCCUCACCCAUCACAUCAUGAUCUGCAGCAGCCACGGCAGCACCAAGAGGAAUGGCCUCCUCUCCUCCCCUGUCAAUGUGGGCUGGUGCUUCCUGUGUGCCAGAGGGCUGUUAGUGCAAGACCUUACUGACACCAUAUUAAGUUCAUAUGCCUAUAAGUCCCACUACCUUCUGACUGAGUCAAAUCGUGCUGAGUUGAAAUUACCUAUGAUUCCCUCUCCUUCGUCAGCUACCAAAAAGAAUAUUGGGAAAGGAGGCAAGUUGCUGUGCUGCGACUCCUGCCCGGCUUCCUUCCACUCGGAGUGUCUGGAGAUGGAGAUGCCGGAGGGGCCGUGGUCCUGCAGUGACUGCAGGGCAGGGAAGAAACCACACUACAAACAGAUCGUCUGGGUCAAACUGGGGAACUACAGGUGGUGGCCCGCAGAGAUCUGCAACCCUCGCUUGGUCCCAUCAAACAUUCAGAGCCUUCGCCACGACAUCGGUGACUUCCCCGUCUUUUUCUUUGGCUCGCACGACUACUACUGGAUCAACCAGGGCCGUGUCUUUCCUUAUGUGGAGAAUGACAAGAACUUUGUCACAGGUCAAAUCAACAUCAACAAAACCUUCAAGAAAGCUCUGGAGGAAGCAGCACGCAGGUUUCAGGAGCUCAAGGCUCAGAGGGAGAGCAGGGAGGCUUUGGAGCAGGAACGCAACUCUCGCAAACCUCCACCCUACAAAUUCAUCAAGUCCAAUAAACCAGUGGGGAAAGUACAGAUGCAUGUUGCUGACUUGUCAGAAAUCCCACGAUGCAAUUGCAGACCAACAGAUGAGCACCCAUGCAGCCUUGAUUCUCAGUGUCUGAACCGCAUGCUGCAGUACGAGUGCCAUCCACAGGUGUGUCCUGCAGGAGACAGCUGUGAAAAUCAGUGUUUCUCUAAGCGUCAGUAUGCAGAGACUGAGGUCAUAAAAACAGACGGUCGUGGCUGGGGCCUCAGGACCAACCAGGCUCUGAGGAAGGGUGACUUUGUGACUGAGUAUGUGGGAGAGGUGAUUGAUUCAGAGGAGUGUCAGCAGCGAAUCAAACGAGCCCAUGAAAAUCACGUGACCAACUUCUACAUGCUCACACUCACCAAGGACCGUGUGAUCGAUGCUGGACCGAAAGGAAACUCAUCUCGGUUCAUGAACCACAGCUGUAGCCCCAACUGUGAAACCCAGAAGUGGACAGUUAAUGGAGAUGUUCGCAUCGGACUCUUCACUCUCUGUGAUAUCGAGGCUGGCACAGAGCUGACCUUCAACUAUAACCUCCACUGUGUGGGCAACAGAAGAACAUCCUGUCACUGUGGAUCAGACAACUGCUCUGGAUUCCUCGGGGUGCAGCCAACAAGUGCAGUGGUGAUGGAGAAAGAGGAGAAGGCCCGAAACGCCAAACUGAAGCCGAAGAAAAGGAAGCUGCGGCCGGAGGGCAAACACACACAUGAGUACUUCUGUUUCUGCUGUGGAGAAGGAGGGGAGCUGGUCAUGUGUGACAGGAAGGACUGUCCUAAAGCUUACCACCUGCUCUGUCUCAACCUCACCAAGCCUCCGUACGGGCGUUGGGAAUGUCCGUGGCAUGACUGCAGCGUGUGCCGUGCCCCGGCCUCGUCACUCUGUGAUUUCUGCCCUCGCUCCUUCUGCUCAGACCAUGAGGCCGGAGCGCUGACCGCCUCUCUGGACGGCCGCCCCUGCUGCUCCAGCCACAACCCCCUGAACCCCCUGAGCUCGGACCCCGGCUCCGCCCAGCCGCCGCCACAACGCCGCGCGUUGUCCUCCUCCGUGAGCCCUUCUGUCCGGGUCAAAGAAGAGCAGUCCGAAGCAUCGGCGAUGGAGAGGACGGGCCAGCGGGCUAAAGAGUGACAUCCUUCCUUUGAUACCUCAUUCCCUGUUCCAGUGUGCUGACCCGAAAACCACCUCUGAUCUGAUCUGAAGAAGUGCACUAUGAGAGGGAAUCCAGUGCUUUGUGACCAGUUCGACAGCUGCUGUUCAGAGCCACCAGGAAACACAGACUGAUGGCGAAGGAUUUGAGCAGGUUUCGUUUUUGCGCUGUUUACCUCCUCUUUUUGCCAUAAAGCACCACUACUAAUGCUGUCCACAGCUCACCAGUGGUCCACUGGAUGUGCCCCAGACCACCACCUCAUUCUUUUUCUUCUCUAGUUUGUGGAAAUUAUCAGUGUUGUCAAGUUUGUCCAGCACUUUGAAGAACUCAGCGAGCGAGGUGGAGAGGAGGAGGAGGAGGAGGAGGAGGAGAAGGAGGAGGAGGAGUGAAGCAGAUCCUCUCCAUCUCCACCAUGUGGCUCCUUGUUUACCUGCUGUAAGCUGUGGCUGGCUUUUUCUUUUUUCUUUUUUUCUCUUUUUUUCGCAAACAUGUCGGCCAUUUACGACCGAAGAGCCAGCCUUUUAAAACUCUUUCUCCAAACUAACCAUCACACCUAACGUCAUUUGUCUUUGUAAUUUUAUCUCUGAGAAAAUGGAGCGUUGGAGAAAAAUGACAGAUUUUGUGCAAUUUUUUUCAGGACCACACUACAUUCCAACCUUCCUUAGACCUGGUUUUAAUAUACUUAUGGGUAUAGAUGAAUAUAAUUAUAUACAGUAUCUAUGUUUGUUAAUGUUUACAGACAGAUUCUCUCACUUCAUCUCAGUGAGUGGUGUAUUAUGUUUGUUUAGGUGUUAAGCAUUACGCAGACCUCCUUGUGAAAAUAGUCCUAUUAAGGUGAAAUAUAAUGGUAUAUAGUGUAAUGGUAUGACAUUACAGUGUGAUUUUCCAUUUUUUUGCCAGUCUCACUCGCCAUUGUGUACAUAAUUGGCUCAUAAUAUUGUAAAGUACUUAAAGAUCAGAGGGAGCGGAGCCUCCCCUCUGACUGUUCCUGAAAGAAUGGCUUUUUUAAAACGAUCCUUUUUAGUUUCCAAAUGGGCCAAUGACGUUCGAUUGCCGGUAUUUUCCUCCAAACAGUUACUGACACUGGUGUUGCAGACGGAUGGAGGGGGCCCAGCUUGUGAUCACACUGGUGCUGUCAAAAAAGUGUUGUAAACCAGCCUAAAAGGAUCAGGCUGCAGUAACAGCUACUGCCCAGACGCAGUCCUAUUCAGUAACAUCGUGUACUGUGACCGCUAAUGCUUUGGUUUAAUAUUUUUGUUUCUUUUUUUGCCAAACUUUUCUGAAAAGCACUUUCACACGGCUUGUCGCUACACAAACUUAGGUAGGUCAUGCAUAUACAGAAAUAUUAAAGGAGCAUAUGACAAAGUGUACAUGUUUCAAAAAUGGAUACCUCUUCUUGUUAACGUCGGGAUUUAAACUGUGUUGUAAACUUUUUUUUCUCUUGGUCAGAAACGUGGCAGGUGUUUAGGCGUGGUUCUUGAGGAAAGGGGCCUAAGUGCUGAUUUUGUUUUUAAGUUUACUUUUUUUUUUUUUUUUACUUUUUGCCACAAACAGGUUUGAUCGCCAGUUCGGCCUGUUCGCUUGUUCUGCCGUGUCGUUACACAAAAAAAGCCCUCGCUGUCCUCCUUCGUGAAGAGGCACUUCUUCGUUUUUGACCCAGACUGGGCUUUAUAUAGAGACGGAAGAGUCCAGUAUCAUGUACAAAAACUUCUGUACAGUGUUUUUAAUCGCUCAUCUGUCAAAUCCAAAUCUUUUGUAUUUAUUGCACCACAUUUUAUACCAGUUUUUUUCUUUGUUCCAAACACCAGUGCAGUAAUUUGUCUCCCUCUCCACUAAAGGUGUAAGUGAAAUAGACUAUUUAAAAAAUGGGGAGUUUUACAUAAUAUAUCUGUAUGUGGUCAUUGCAUAUGUUUUGUUUUCGAACAUUGGUGUAAUGAUUCCACAUUUGGUAACAACCGCUGCUCAUCGACCUGUAUCGUGACUCACUGUAUUUGGUGUUUAAAAGCAGUGUGAAGCAGUUUCAAUAUAGGAAUGUAAAGUUUCCGUUUCCCAAGCACUUUUUUGCGGUUUUUAGCCUGGACUAAACCCAUCAUACGAUGAAUCUGUAAUGAUGUCUCAGACUUUUUUUUUUUUUUUUUUGUGGUUGAAGUCUUUAUUUUUGUAUCCUGCCCUGGAAACAUUUUUUUCCCCAAGUGUCCCAAGGUGUCUGGAGUUAAGCCACACUGGGUGACAAUGGUGCCAAUGUUUCAAGUCAUUUCAUUUCAUGUAGGAUCUCUCCCAGUGGAUGGAGGAGUUGAAUUCAGAGGAAUAAAAGACUGAGGAAAGUCAAAUGAAGGGGAGCUGUUGAAUGCAGAAAAGUGAGAACCUUUCAUAUGCCACAUAUGUGCACCAACAACAGGCACUUAGUGGCAUUAAGAACUAGAAUCGCAAGAAAAAGUUGGUCAAAAACUAUCGGCAGCUAUUUUGAUAUCGUCAUUUUAGUCAGUCUCUAAACAAAAUUUGUUAGGAUGCAGGUUGAGGUGUCUUUGCCAUGUCUCAUUGUAGUGCAUGUGUUUGUAUUGGAUUGUUGGUUGAAUAUAAAAAAGGUAAUUUGAACUUGGGGUGAGGGGGAAAAACAACAUUUUUAACAUUUUCGAUUGUUAAUGUCGAAAAAUAUGGAAGCCCAUUUCCACCUCUCUAAUGAGGAGAAAAAAGAUCCUAUCAAUCAAUAUCAUGAUCUCAAAAUAAUGAGAAUUAAUAUUAACUAGAACUGACAAUAACUCGUUAUUUUGAGAUAGUAAUGAUUCUGUUUUCCCAACAGUGGCAGAAAUGAACUCUUAAUCGAUAAUGAGAGUUUUGACGAGACAAAGACACUUUUCUGCUUUGUCAGUGGUGCUGAGUGCCUUUUUUGUGCACAUAUUUUGCAUUUUCUAAUCUGUUUUCUGAAUCAAAUGACUCUAUCAUUUUUCUUGUUCUGCUUUCACUGACCUGCUUGGAAUCAGUCCUGAAAAAUAGACUGUCCUGAUUUCCUUCCUUCCUCCCUGCUCCCAAAUUUGCCAAAUCUGCAGCAUAAGUUGUUGCUCAUUGUAGACAUCUGACAGCUUCAGUUCUCACCGCAGGUCGCACAGUUUCAGUAUCAGGCGGGUGCAUCAUCAACACACUUUUUAUUUUACAUACUGAAUAGUUUGCGUAUUAGCAGUCUAAACUUGAAUUUUUUUUAAUUUAUUAAUAUUUUAUUUUUUUACACAGGGUUCAAGAAUUAUCGGAGAGCAGGUGUCUUAUGUUUCUGACUGAAAAUGUCUGACUGGUGGCUAGUGAUGGUCCAGAAGUGUUGUUUUAAUUUUUUUCAAGGUGACUUUGCAUGCCUCCAACAUCAGACACUGGUUUAAUCCAUUUCUAUCUUCACUUUUAGUCUCUAAGAAACAUUCUGAAUGCUAAUAUUUCAUUACAGUUUGAUUACUUUUUUCAUCAUAUUGCACAGAGAUUACCGAACAGCCUUUACUUUUUUCUUCUUUUUUUGCACCUGCAGCUCAUGUGUCUAACUUUGUGCCAGUUUGUUCUCUGCUGUUCUUAGCUGAAACAGCAGCAGUAUUAAGUUUGUGUCCUAGCGUUCAGCCUUUCAUUUUCUUCAGAUAAUACCUGUUGUAUGUUUUGUUGGAGUAUUAUCAGUGGUCAUGCCCACAUUUUCUUUUAUUUUGACAAGACUGCAUGUCUCUCAUAUAAGUGUCCCUUAUGCAAACCCAAGGAGGAUUUUUUUUUUUUUUUUUCUAAACGUCCAGGAAGCUUACUGAAUUCUUCUUUUUUUGUCACUUAAACUUAGGAUGGACUAGCCCCCCUUUUUAGUCAAAGGGCAUAUUUCAGUUCACUGUGAUGUCUUUUUUUUGUGCAAUGUUGCAGACUGUCUUUUUUUGAUUGACAUGCUGUCAGCAGAGAAGUAGUGUUGGAAUAAAUAAAUAAACUCAUCUUCAUAAGCACUCAUCUCUUUUUACUUGUAGUAAAAAUUGCUUACAGUGACUGGGGUCAUAUCUAUCUCUCUUGGUGUUGCUUCAAUUUAAAAACGUGGAUGAACACAAAAGACCAUGUUGAUUACUGUUCAACCUGUGUUACUGCAUAUUGUUGAAAACCUGUAAAUAGUUUGCAUUGAACUUGCAUAGGAUCAUGUUACUGUGGCGUGCUCUUUUUGCCUGUACAAUUCUGCUUCUUAAUGUGUGUGACUGUUGAGACAACACUCUUUUUGUACAUGACUGUCUUUUUAUUUGAGAAUAUUGAUUCUGUCCUUUUUCAUUCGAAAGUUGAGUUUGAAGAGUUCAGACAUGCCUGAAGUUUGACUUUAAUAAAGCUGUACUCUGUCUCAGUGAAA